UCUCCUGUGUUCUAUCUUUGGACUCUGGUGUCGAGGCUGGGAGGAGACGACUGACGAGAGAGAAGGCGAUCGCCGGUGCGCCGUGGGUGCGAUCGAGAGAGAGAGAGAGAUGGGGUUGAUGGAGAAGCUGAAGAUAUUCGUCGUCCAAGAGCCCGUCGUCGCCGCCUCUUGCCUCAUCGCAGGAUUUGGUCUCUUCCUUCCUGCUGUGGUCAGGCCUAUACUGGACUCAUUUGAGACGGCAAAGCAAGUUCCACAACCAGCUUUGAGUGAUGUGAUUGCUGGCGUGACAGGGAAGAAACAGGAGUGAUCUGAUUUGCAUAGGGAUUGUGAUGUGGUGUCUUUUUUCUUCCUCUACCUUUUUCUUGUUCCCUCUGUCUGAGAACUUUUGAUCGUCAACAAGAUGUGGUUGUGCAUCCUCCGCUUUCUGAUUCUGUUGGAUAUCUGGUGCAGCUAAUGUAUUUGCAUUUGCUGAUGACUACACAGUAAAGGAAUUUCUUCUAUUAAAAGGAGUGGUGAACUCAAACUAAGUGAAUAAAUUCUGUUUAUUUUCUAUAACAGUACCUGAAGAAUGGGUCCAUUUUAACA